GUUAGAACCGGCCACACAGCACAGACCACGAUGCCUGGCGAGGAGAAUGGUAAGGUACCGGCGGGACCUACAGGUCGCAUCUUGCCGGCCGAUAGCUACACCUCGACCGAUCCGACUGUUCCGGUGAAGCUACGCAUCGCCAAGGAAGGGCUUGCAUCGCUGGACCCACUAUCCGUCCCGGACCUGAUGAACCGUACCGUGCGCGACCAUCCGGACCAUCCGGCGAUGGUAUUCCGUAACUCCCAAAAACAGUGGCAAACCGUCACUUAUCGCGAGUACCGUGAGCGUGUGCAUCAUAUGGCGAAGGUGUUUAUCAAACUUGGGCUCGAACCACACCAUACGGUGGCCGUGUUGGCGUUCAACAGUCCGGAAUGGUUCGUUUCCGAGCUGUCGGCGAUUCAUGCGGGCGGUAUCAUUACCGGCGUGUACACGACUAACUCGGCCGAGUCGGUGCAACAUGUGCUGGAAAGCUCCCGCGCCCAGAUUGUGGUGGUGGACGAUGCGAAGCAGAUGGAGAAAAUCUGCUCGAUUCGUCAGAACCUGCCGAACCUGAAAACAGUCAUUCAAACGAUGCCACCGUACGCGCCGUACGUCAAACGGGACGAUGGUUACUAUCGCUGGUCUGAGCUGGAAGAAAUGAACGUCGAUGAUGUGGAGGAAGAGUUCAAGAACCGUCUAGCGAACAUAGCCAUCAAUCAAUGUUGCUGCUUGGUGUAUACGUCUGGAACGGUUGGCAAUCCGAAGGGCGUUAUGCUCAGCCAUGACAACUUCACCUGGGACUCGUACGUGAUCGGCAAACGGCUGCAUCAAAUUCGUUACGCCGAGGAGGUGCUCGUAUCGUUCCUGCCGCUCAGCCACGUUGCCGCCCAGAUGGUAGACAUCUUCCUAACGCUGCAGUUUGCCUGCACCGUCUACUUUGCCGAUAAGGAUGCAAUGAAGGGAACGCUGCUGAACACGCUGCAGGAAGCGAAACCAACGCGCAUGCUAGCGGUCCCGCGCGUGUACGAGAAGAUCCAGGAGAAGAUGCUAGCGAUCGGUGCCCAGAGCGGUGCGGCGAAGAAGUUGGUGGCCGGUUGGGCGAAGAGCGUAACGCUGCAGCAUCAUCUGGACGCGAUGGAGGGAAAACCAACAAACUCGUGGCAAUACCGUCUGGUGAAGAACUACAUCCUCUCGAAGGUGAAAGAUGCGUUAGGAUUCAGCCGGUGCCUAACGCUUGCAACUGCGGCCGCUCCGAUGGACCGUGAAACGAAAAAGUACUUCAUGAGCCUUGAUCUACCGAUCAUGGAGGCGUUCGGCAUGUCCGAAACGUCCGGCGCACAUUCGUUGACCGCACCAGAUAGCUAUAACUUCGACACGAUCGGUAAACCGCUGCUUGGUUGUGAGACAAAAAUCGACAAACCGGACGAGCGAGGACACGGCGAAAUCUGCAUGCGUGGCCGUCACAUACUGAUGGGUUACAUUGGUGAGGAUGGAAAGACGCACGAAGCGGUCGAUGAGGACGGAUGGCUACAUUCGGGAGAUGUGGGAUAUUUGGAUGAGUCUGGCUUCAUGUACAUUACGGGACGCAUUAAGGAACUUAUCAUCACCGCGGGCGGUGAAAACAUCCCGCCAGUGCACGUGGAGAAUCUCGUCAAGAAUGAGCUACCGUACGUGAGCAAUGCGUUCCUCGUCGGUGACAAGCGCAAGUUCCUUACCAUGCUGAUAACGCUCAAAACGCAGAUGAACCUCGACACCGGUGCACCGAAGGACGAGCUAACGCCGGAAACGAUCCUAGCGCUGAAGGAACUGGGCGUCGAAUAUGGAAAGCUAAGCGAAGUUCAUGCGGCUGGUCCCUGUCCGAAGGUGCUGAAAGCCAUCCAGGAAGGUAUCGAUCGGGCUAACAAGAAAGCCAUCUCGAACGCACAGAAGAUUCAAAAGUUUGCCCUACUGAAGUCGGACUUUUCCGUGCCCGGUGGUGAGCUAGGCCCUACGUUAAAGAUCAAACGUAACAUCGUGGUGGAAAAGAACAAGGACAUUAUUGAAAAGUUCUAUUCGUAGGAAGGAAAA